AUGCCUUCCGAAAACUACGACGAACAUAUUUGGCCAGGAGAACAGCAACUUGAACUCGCCUCUGACCAGGCAAGCACCGAGACCGAGGGAGAGCAUACUUGGAAGAAGCGACCCCCAUAUCGCAUUCAUGAGGAAGGUGAACCCUUCCCGGUCAAAUACCGCGGGAGCUGCCACUGUGGUCUCGUGAAGUAUCAGCUGGGGAGGGAAGCUCCGUUAGAUAGCAAGCUGUGCCAUUGCACGACUUGUCAGACUCAGCAUGCUGCGCCCUUUCAAUGGGCAGCCAUCUUCCAUAAAGAUGACAUCAAUUUCACAGACGGCCACCACAACCUCGAGUGGUAUAAUCCGAGUGACAAAAGCAUCGAGAACAAGCUGCCGUGUAAAGUGCGCUGCUGCUACUGCCACUCGCCCAUUAUGGACGAAGGGCGUAACAUGAUCUUGCUCUUUCCGAGCCUGAUCCAUUUUCAGAACGAUGAAGACAAGGCCAAGUUUAGACCGAGAUGCCACAUAUUUUAUAGUCAGAGGGUCGUCGAUGUUCCGGAUAACCUACCGAAGUGGACGGGACUGAAUGAAGUCAGCGAGCUAAUGGAGGGACCAGAUAUGAGCUAG